AUGGACCUUUUCCGGGUCAGGCUGAAUUGCAUCGAUCACUACCAAGCAACACCGACGCGUUAUGAUCCGCAGCUGCGGAACGAUGUCCGCCCGUUCAACAUCUCCAAGCAGCCCAAGGUCCCGGUCAUCAGGGUCUUUGGCUCGACCGAGACCGGCCAAAAGGUCUGCGCGCAUAUCCACGGCGCAUUCCCCUAUCUCUACAUUGAGUACGAUGGCCAUUUGGCACAAGACUCCGUCGGCGCAUACAUCUACCGCCUGCACCUCGCCAUCGACCAAGCUCUUGCUGCGAGCUACCGCCGCGAUCAAUUCGAUAACAAUGCGCGAUACGUGGCCAGGAUCACCCUCGUCAAGGGUGUGCCGUUUUAUGGCUUCCACGUUGGAUACAAGUUCUACCUGAAGAUCUACAUGUUCAACCCCGUCGUCAUGACCAGAUUGACCGACCUCCUCCAGCAAGGUGCCAUCAUGAAGCGCCCCUUUCAACCUUACGAGGCCCACCUCCAAUACCUGCUCCAAUUCAUGACCGACUACAACCUCUACGGCUGCGAAUUCAUCGACGCAUCCAAUACCAAGUUCCGCGCCCCCGUCCCAGAUCCAGCUGGCGACUUUCCCUCGUCGCACCUGUGGCAUAGCCAAUCUGUUCCAAGCCAACAUGUUACAAACGAGUCCGAGCUGCCGCGCGUGAGCCAUUGCUCCAUCGAAGUCGAUAUAUGCGUCCAGGACAUUACAAAUCGCCAAAGGGUCGAUGAGAGGCAACUACACCAUGAUUUCGUCGAACGCAGACACCCUCUGCCCCCUGAUCAGAAGCUGGUCUUCAGCAUGGCUGGUCUAUGGAGGGACGAAGUCAAGCGGAGAAAGGGGCGGAUGGCCCCCUCCUCGGAGCCGGGAACCAGCCCUCUGCCCUACGAGACUCUCGUCUCAAUGUCAGCCGAAUCUCGCGCGUCGCAACCCGACCCGUGGCUCCAAGAAACAGAACUCCGUGAGACCAUUCACGAGCUCGUCGGCGAAGAGCUGGACUCGCAGUGCAAGCCUCUGGAGUUUGAUUCCUUUGUGGCCAAGUCCCCAUUCGAGGAUUCUAUCAAGACAGCUCUGCAAUCUGUCGAGGACCUCCAUCCUGAAGUACUAAUGCCAGCCUUGGGCCUUGCCCCUGAGCCAAAAACGGCCAAACAAAACCAGCAGCCAGGCAAGCCAGACGAGAAAGACGGGCAAGACGAGCAAGACGAGUUCAAUUUUCCAUACGACUCGGACGAAGACGUAUUCCAGGCGAUAUUCGAACGAGAGCAGGCCGAGGCUAAGAACCUAUCUGCCCAAAAUACCGAGACGUCGGCUGCGAUGCGUGAGGAGGAUACCGCCCAUGCCUCAGAGGAGCUGUUUAUUCCCCAGGAACCUCCUCCUUCUGCUCAGCCUGCGACAAACCCGGAUGGAUCUUUCAGCUUAACUGACUUUGAUGAUUGGACGCCAAUUUCCCUACCACCCUCUCAAGAAGUAUCUCAAAAAGCAUCCCAAUCGCGGAAACGGCCUUUGGUCGACUCCUCGCCAAUCUCACAUACGAAGCGGGUAAAACUUGGAUCGCUAGCGGAGAGCAGCACAUUCCACGACGAGCCACCGCCAGGGGGUCAACUCCAGGUCAACAGCUCGCAACCUUGGCCAUCAUCCAGUCCUUCUGGCUCACAAGGGGCCCGGCCAUCAUUCAUGUCGAGGGUCCAGGGCAGUGCCGACCAGACAAUCAACUUCCCCAUUGUCAAGAACGUCUCCCAUUCCCGAGCAAAGUCCGACCUUCAUCUUCCAAGCCAGCCAAGCCGCGGGUUGGUGUCUGAAUUAUCGCAAUGGGAUGUGCCCGAGCCGUCCAGUCCCAGUUCUGAAGCUUCCUUUGACCAGGGGCUCUCGACACCCCGCUCCGCGAUUCUUUCGUCCCAGGAUGAUUUCUCACAAGAUGAUGCUUCCCUGGACGAUGCUUCUGAGGAGACUUCUUCCCAGGAUGACGAUUCUCAGGACGAUGACUCCCAAGAUGAUUCCUUCCAAGAGGGUUCGGACGAGUUUUAUGAAGAGCUGGAUAGUGACCAAGACCUCUCGUUAGACCUCUCAUUUGACCAAGGCCUCUCGACACCCCGUCCAGUGAUUUCGUCUUCCGAAGAUGACUUGGAAGGGUUUUGUCGAGAGCUAGAUCGUGAUGACCCAACGACGCAAACCCUCAUUUAUGCGGUCCCACCACCGGGUCCCAGUGAGCCCUUAUCAUCACAGCAGGAAGAUGAUGUGCCAACAGUGAUCUACCAGGAACCAUUUUAUAGUAAGGAAAAAGAUGUUCCGACGAGAAUGCGAGAGUAUGCUGGUCGGGAAUUUCGUCUCCGAGGCAACACUUUGCCCUACCUGCCCGACUUUGAUCCCACAGGGGGCGUUUCCUCCACCACUCGUGGCCAGAAACCCCCGUACCCCCCCAACAGCGCUACGAAGGAGCCCAGCACCCUCCUCAGCUGGGACUUUGCCAAGUGCCCCCCUUCAUACGAGGAAGUGGAGACUUGGUGGUCGCAGAAACAGGAGAAGCAGCAAGAACAGUCACUGAAGAAUUCAUUUGAGUCAACUCCGACCCAUUUCCUCUCGCAGAUUGAAGGCCCGACUCCUGACAAUAAAAAUGGCUUCAAGUACUCCCCGAGGGCCAGGUCAGUAAACGUGAAGCUCGAGGGGUCCUACAUGAGCACCAUGAGCCUGGAGAUUCACGUCAACACUCGCGGAAAACUUGUCCCCAACCCUGAGGAGGACGAGGUCCAGUGCAUAUUCUGGUCGUUCAAGUCGGACGACCCUGCCAACAGCUCUCAGGACUAUCUCCAAGCCGGACAAUCUGGCGUGGUUGUUCUCAGUGAAGACGGCGUUCUGGCACAACGCAUGCAGAAGCUAGACCUGGGAGAAGUGCACGGCGAGACGUCCGAGCUUGAUAUUUUUGUUCGGAUGGUGGAGAUUGUCCGUUUCCACGACCCGGAUGUGCUCACUGGCUUCGAAGUCCAUGCUGGCUCCUGGGGGUUCCUGAUCGAGAGAGCCCGGCUCAUGUACGACUUCAACCUUUGCGACCAGUUCUCUCGCAUGAAGUGCGAUUCCCAUGGGAGGUUCGGCAAGGAGAGCGAUCGUUGGGGCUUCAACACCACCUCGACCAUUCGUGUUACCGGAAGACACAUGAUCAACAUCUGGAGGGCAAUGCGGGGGGAACUCAACCUUCUGCAGUAUACCAUGGAGAACAUCGCGUGGCAUCUGCUGCACCGUCGAGUGCCCCAUUACCCCUGGGAGGUCCUGACCAGGUGGUACCGCAGCCACAACAUCGCUCAAGUGAUUCGGGUGUUGAGAUACUAUCAAGCACGCACCAGGACUGACCUGGAGAUCUUGGAGGCCAACGAGCUCGUCUCGAGAACCAGCGAACAGGCCAGGGUCCUCGGCGUGGACUUCUUCUCCGUCUUCUCCCGCGGCUCGCAGUUCAAGGUCGAGUCCAUCAUGUUCCGGAUAGCCAAGCCGGAGAAUUUCAUGCUCGUCUCGCCGAGCCGCAAGCAGGUCGGCGGCCAGAACGCGCUCGAGUGCCUCCCGUUGGUCAUGGAGCCACAGAGCGCCUUUUACAACAGCCCCCUCCUCGUUCUCGACUUUCAGAGCCUGUAUCCCAGCGUCAUGAUCGCCUACAACUACUGCUACUCGACCUUCCUCGGGCGUGUCACAGAUUGGCGAGGGAUGAACAAGAUGGGGUUUACGGAGUACAGGCGGCAGCAGGGUCUGCUUGGGCUCCUGGAAGACGACAUCAACAUCUCGCCCAACGGCAUGAUGUACGUCAAGCCCGAGAUUCGCAAGUCGCUCCUGGCCAAGAUGCUCAAGGAGAUUCUCGAGACCAGGGUCAUGGUGAAGAGCAGCAUGAAGAAGGACAAGGAGGACAAGGCGCUGCAGCGUCUACUGAACAAUCGUCAACUUGCGCUGAAGCUCCUUGCGAAUGUCACCUACGGCUACACGUCGGCAUCGUUCUCAGGCAGGAUGCCUUGCUCCGAAAUUGCGGACAGCAUAGUCCAAACUGGCCGCGAGACCCUCGAAAGGGCGGUCGCUCACAUACAUUCUAUUGAGAAAUGGGGUGCACAUGUUGUUUACGGCGACACCGACAGCAUAUUCGUCUACCUCCCCGGCCGCUCCAAGGACGAGGCGCUUGAUAUUGGCAACGAGAUUGCCGAUGCGAUCACCAACAUGAACCCCCGUCCCAUCAAGCUCAAGUUCGAGAAGGUUUACCUCCCCUGCGUGCUCCUGGCUAAGAAGCGCUACGUUGGCUACAAGUACGAGAGCAGAGACCAGGUCAAGCCCGACUUUGACGCAAAGGGCAUAGAAACGGUCCGUCGCGACGGCACGCCCGCCGAGCAGAAGAUCGAGGAGAAGGCGCUCCGGAUGCUGUUCGAGUCGGCAGAUCUGAGCCGCAUCAAGUCCUACUUCCGCGAGCAGUGCCGCAAGAUCAUCCGCGGCCACGUCUCCAUCCAGGAUUUCUGCUUCGCCAAGGAGGUCCGCCUCGGGACGUACUCGGAGAAAGGGACGGCGCCUGCUGGUGCUCUCAUCAGCUCCAAGCGCAUGCUCGCCGAUGCCCGCGCAGAGCCGCAGUACGGUGAGAGAGUCCCCUACGUCGUUGUCAGCGGUGCGCCGGGCGCUCGGCUCGUGGACCGGAGCGUUGCGCCGGAGGACCUGCUUGCGAACCCGCACUGGCGGCUGGACGCGCAGUACUACAUCACCAAGAACAUCAUCCCGCCGCUGGAGCGCAUCUUCAACCUGGUCGGGGCGAGCGUCCGGCAGUGGUACGACGAGAUGCCCAAGGUCAAGCACCACAACAGCCACAUGUUCGCGGCGCAGCGCGGGGCCCGCAAGACGACGCUCGAGGCGUACUUCCAGUCGAUGCACUGCGUCGUGUGCUCGAGGAAGUUCAAGAACUACCAGAACAGCACGGUCUGCCGGCGGUGCAUGGGGAAGAGGAAGGCUCCCCUCUCACUGUACGCGCUGCAGACGAGGCUGUCCCACGAGGAGAAGCGGUACCGGGAGGUCAUGAUGAGGUGCCGCCAGUGCGAGGGGGGCCGGGCCGUGCUGGGGGAUGUGCAGUGCGACAGCAAGGACUGCCCGGUGUUUUGGAGCCGGGUGAAGCAGGUUGGGCGGCUGGAGUCGAUGCGGGCGUGUACGGAGCCGGCGAUGGAGAGCUUGAUCCACGGGAUUGAGCGAAGGGCCCUGGAGUGGUAA